AAGGAAGAAGAGAGCAAAGCUUGAAGCGGCAGCAAGCCAUGGAGGAAGAGUACUCUCUCGACGAUCCGACUCGGUUGGUCGAGUCAGCUUCCGAGUUCGCAUAUUACCCAGGUCCUCUUACCGACGCCGCCGCUAAGGACUUUCUUGAUCGGUUUCCUCUCCCACUCAUCAUCAAUGCUUUACAAACCAAAGCUGAUUUCCCCGGUUUAGAAAACGCUAUUGUUACUUGUUUAGAGAGGGUGUUUAAGACCAAAUAUGGUUCCUCGUUCAUCCCACAGUACAUGUCUUUUGUACAUGUAGGCUUGCAGGCAGAAUCUCAAGUAGUACGAUCUUUAGCUUGCAAAACGGUUACAAAUCUUUUGGAGAAUCUUGAUGACAAAUCUAUUCCUCCCAUAAAGUUGAUUAUUGAUUAUAAUAUCUAUCCACUUCUGCUGGACAGCCUAGUUACUGGCAACGAACAAGUUGCAGCUGCAGCAAUUGAUGCAAUUAAAUGUAUAGCUGGCUUUCCAGAAGGCAUGGCUGUUGUUUUCCCAGCAAACAACAAGGAAGUUACAUAUCUGGGAAAUCUAGCAUCACGAUCUUCAUCACUGGGACGUGUUCGAGUUUUGUCUUUGAUAGUGAAACUAUUCUCUAUUUCCAAAUCUGUGGCAUCAGUUAUUUACAAUUCAAAUCUUCUGAGUUUAUUGGAGGCAGAAAUCAGCAAUUCAGAAGACACCCUUGUGACGUUAAGUGUUUUGGAGCUACUGUUUGAGUUGGCUGAAAUCCAGCAUAGUACAGAGUUUUUGUCAAGGACCACGCUUUUGCAGUUGCUUAGCUCUAUAAUCAGCAACACUUCAACGGAAGCAAUUUUAAGAUCAAGAGCAAUGAUGAUAAGUGGAAGGCUUUUAUCCAAGGAGAAUGGAUUCAUGUUCGUCGAUGGAUCUACCAUUGAUAGACUGCUUGCCCAAUCUGAAAGUCAAGACAAUGAUGAAUGUGAAUCUGCACUUGAAGCAUUGGGUCAAAUAGGGUCAUCAAUCCAAGGAGCUGAACUGCUAUUAUCUGGUUUCCUGCCUGUUGUGAGGCAUGUUGUUCAUGCUGCCUUUGAUCGGCAAGGACAUGGGAAACAGUUGGCUGCAUUGCAUGCUCUAGGGAACAUUGUGGGAGAAUCUCGACCUGAAAAUAGCAAAAUACUGAAUGCUGAUGCAGAAGAAAAUCUUCGACGCUUAAUCUAUGAAGUAGGAUCAGAUAGUUCAAAGCUGACACCAUCUGGUUUAUUUCUAUCAAUUCUUCAACAGGCCUCAGAAUUUCGUUUGGCGGGGUACAGAGUUAUAACAGGGUUGGUAGCUCGGCCAUGGUGUCUGAUGGAAAUUUGCUCAAAACAAGACAUAAUAAAUAUGGUUACUGAUCCAACAGCUGAAACCACAAAAAUAGGCAUGGAGGCUAGACACAAUUGCUGCAAGGCAAUCCACAAUGCUUUCCUGUCAAGUAAACUCAUUAACGAGUCUUCCCUCUCUGGAAUAGCUGCAAAUCUGCAAGAAGCCGUUCGCAGGGGACCCUAUCUUGCAAGAAAGCAAUCCGAAGCACAACCAGUAGUAAUGACAGCCGAGAGAUUUUGAGUAUCAUGUGGCUUCUUUUAGGCAAGCUUUAAACAUCGUUUUGAUGUGUGAUACUGUUCUUCAAAUGUUUCUUGAUUGUGAAACUCAGAAUCCCUGCAUGUAGUAUGGAAGUAGUGUAUGAUUUUGCAAGUGGUGGAUGACCCCACUUCUGCAAAAUUGACAUGUAAAUGCCAUUUUCAUGAGAUAAUUAACUAUUUUCUAAUUC